AUGUCUUCGCCUGAGAUUCAACCCGCCAAAAAAAUUCGACUCAGUUAUCUGGAGGCAUCCACGGUACCAUCCAUCGAAUCAAAUGUUGACGGAGCCCAAGAAAAUCUCGAUGUAAUUGGUCAAGAUGUUACAGGGCGAAGUGAAAGGAAUAAAGUCAUGAUUGAACAAGAGGUUGGAUUAACUGAAUACGUGGAUGCAUCCGUUAACCUUGGACUUUUUUUUUUAUUAAGAUUUGCCGAUUUCUUAGUUUAUGAAAUCGAUAAGCUAGGCAAUGUUGUGCACCUCACAAAUCUCGAUGUUCCCAAAAUUACCAAAGCAGAUGAUAAUCUGGAAGAACAAACAAAGGAAUCCCUCUCAAAUAAUGAAAUAACCGAGCCGGUAAUUUCGUUGGACUCAAUAUUCGUCGAGAUGAACUCUCUGAUUGACGAAGAAACAACCAAACUAGUACAAAAUUUGUUAAAUUCCAAUGGAAAAGAUCCACCUUUCGUUGAAAUAAAGCCGGAGAACGAUAAGGAGAAACGGCGAAACAUUCAUGAAUUUUUCAAGAAACAUUUUGGUAACGUGCUAAAUACUGAGACCAAGGAAAAGGCAAUCCGUGUGAGCAUGCAUACAUCCAAGACUAGGAACGAUCGCCGCAAUAAGAGACGAGAUGAUCAUUGGGAGGCUUUGGGCGGCACUCAUUGUCAGUUCGUUCUAUACAAGGAGAAUCGAAGCACCAUGGAAGCCAUCAACUUUUUAUGCAAGACCUUAAAGCUUCAUGCACGAGUAUUUAAUUAUCCCGGAACUAAAGAUCUCCGUGCAAUUAGUGUCCAAAAAGUUACUGCAAAUAGGGUGAAGGCAGAAAGAUUGGCCGGGUUAAAUUCACAUCUUCGAGAUAUGAAACUAGGUAAUUUUGAGUAUGUUAAGGAAGAAUUAAAACUUGGCGAUUUGAACGGAAAUCAUUUCGUAAUUACACUAAGAGAUGUCAAGGCUGACUCUGAGGAUAUUAUCACGCGAGCUAUGAAUGCGUUGAAAGACAAUGGAUUCAUCAACUACUUUGGCAUGCAGCGUUUCGGUACAACAUCAAUUAUGACCCAUGAAAUCGGUCGUGCACUUUUACAAAAUAAUUGGGAGGAGGCAGUCGAUUUAAUAUUGAAACCUAGACCAGGAGAUCGAUCUGAUUAUCAAAAGGCUAGACAGAUUUGGGCAGAAAGUCGCGACGCGAAAAAGACAUUAGAACUGUUUUCAAAAAAGUGCAUCGCAGAAUGCCAUAUUUUGUCUUCAUUUGUAAAGGCUGGGAAUAAUAAAGAUUGCGCAGGUGCUUUUAAUACGAUACCUAGAAAUCUUCGCCUCAUGUAUGUACAUGCAUACCAAUCUUAUGUCUGGAAUAAAAUGGUUUCUGAAAGGAUAAGGAUUUUUGGUUGCGAUGUACCAGUCGUGGGAGACUUAAUUGUUCUUGACGGUGAUGAUUCAAUUGAUACCGAAGAUUCUAUUAGCGACUUGGCUUCUGGUGAAAGUUCUACCACUGGCUCCGGCAAUAAAAAGGAUAUUAAGGUGAAAGUUCUUACCGAAGAGGAUUUGCCUAAUUAUACAAUUUACGAUGUGGUUUUACCUUUACCCGGGCACUCGGUUAUUUAUCCAGACAACAUCAUAUUUCAAAAGUAUAAAGAGUUGAUGUGGAAAGAUCGCUUAGAUCCGCGUGAAAUGAAAAGGAACGUGAAAGAUCUUUCAUUAACUGGAAGUUAUCGUAAGAUUAUAGGAAAACCAAAGGAUGUAUUUUGGAAAACAUUUAGAUAUAAUGAUCCAAAAAUCCCGUUAGCUCUUAACGAUUUGGAGGUUCUUCAAGGAAAAUCCGAGCCAGAAAGCAUACCAGAUGGCGCUUAUCUAGCAUUACGCGUUCAUAUUUCAUUAUCAACAAGCCAAUAUGCCACAAUGGCUCUUAGAGAGCUGCUAAAAAAUUCAGCAAGCACUGAACUUACGUACACCUCUACGGAAGCUUUAUAA